AGGGCUGUCAGCGUUAAUGCAUUAAUCGCGAUUAGUUAAAAAAAAUCCAUAACGCGUUAUUUUUUUUAAUCGCAUUUCAAGGAACGCCUUUUUGUCCCUUUGAUUAGCCCGUAGUCAGCCCCUUUGGUUUGUGAAGCGGUAAAAAGUGAUGGAUAGAAAAAGUACGACCGGAUUUUUAAACAGCCUGUUUAACUUUAAAAAAAAAACAGACGGUUCCGUUGACAACACUAAGGUACAAUGCAGCAUUUGUUUCAAGGAGUUCAGCUACCAUCGGAGCACGUCAAGUCUAAGUUACCACCUCCAGGCGAAACACCCCGGUGUUUCACCUGACGCCUCCCCGCCAAGCCACCCGCAGCCUCGCCAAAGAACUAUUCCUGAGUGCGGGCGUCGCAGCAGACCCUUGGAUGAAAAUAAGUUAACCACAGCGAUCGCCAGAUGGGUGGCAACUGAUUGCAGACCAGUCAACAUUGUUGAAGAUUCGGGUCUCAGGGAUGUAAUCAGGUUGGCAAGUUCUGAACCGGCUUACAUGUUACCAUCGCGGGGAACAAUUGUUGCUCGCAUAGAGGAGCUUUAUGAAGCUGAGAAACAAUCUAAAAUCAAUCUCCUGCGAAAUGCAAAUGCUGUGGCAUUAACCGGGGAUCAUUGGACGUCAGUAAGAAACCAGAAUUAUCUUGGAGUUACUGCACACCAUAUAGACGCUGACUGGAAGUUGCAUUCGUUUGCUUUAACGGUUAAACACUCAGAAGAACGGCACUUUGCAGAAACAUGUGCCGAACAAUUUUCUGAAGUUGCAGAGCAGUGGGAAAUUGCGGGGAAGGUGACAACAAUUGGCACCGACAGUGCCCGUAAUAUGACAGCAGCAGCAAGACUCCUGCCAUACGAGCACAUGCCGUGCGUUGCGCACAGUUUACAGCGAUCGAUCACAAUGUCACUCCGUGACAGUGGUCUUGAGAAUGUCUUGGCAAAAUGCCGCAAAUUGGUUGGACAUUUUAAGCAUAGUCCAGCAAAUGCAGCUGAAUUGCGAGCACAACAAGAGAAGUUGGGACAGCCACAGGAGCCCCUCAUCCAAGAUGUUUCCACCAGGUGGAACUCCACUCUCAGCAUGAUCACCCGGCUUCUGAGAAACAAGGACCUUGUCAAGGCUACACUUGAACUCCAUCAACAAAGAGGCACACCAGCCAUGCUGACUAAUGCAGAACUGGAGAAGAUCGAAAAGCUUGAAACACUCCUUGAACCAUGCAGGUAUGUGACUGAGCUUUUAGGAGGAGAACAGUACAUAUCCUGCUCCGUGGUCCUGCCUGCACUGUGUCAUUUGUUCCGGUUGAUGACUGCUUCUGACGAUGAUCCAGGUUAUGUGCUCCGGUUUAAAGCGGCCUUCACAUCUGACCUAUCAAAGCGAAAACAAAGCACCAAUCUCCAGUGGUUGAAAGUGGCAACAGCGCUUGACCCCAGAUUUAAGGAUCUGAAAUGCCUUCCCAGAUCUGAAAGGGAGGAAGUCUGGAAGUUGAUUAAAGAGGAGAGUGCCCAGCAACCUGAGCCUCGUAGAGAACCUGAGCCAGGUCCACCUAAAAAGAAGAUGCACUUUCUGUUAGCUGCUGCAUCAGAUUCAGAUGACGAAGAAGACCCAGCAUCUGACACGUCUGUGGAUCGGUACAGAGGUGAGCCCAGCAUCUCCAUCGAUGACUGUCCAUUGGAAUGGUGGUCUGGACACGCAAGGGCCUACCCAACCUUGGCACCUCUAGCACAAAAAUAUCUGGCUACACCUGCAACAACGGUACCGUGUGAAAGACUGUUCUCACUCUCUGGUCACAUCUUGCAAAAAAAGAGAGCAGCACUGUCCACUGCUAAUGUCAACAGACUGGUGUGUAUUAGCAAUUGGGUUAAAGAAAAUAAAUAGGAGAGACAACUUAGAACUCAAAUAGUUCU